AUUAUAGACAUUUAUUGAUAAUACUUAUGUUUUAUCUGUGGAUUAUGUGCAUCACAUAUAGAUACACAUGUUUACAUACCAUAAAAUGGAGUUUCAUAUAGAACAAAUACAGUAUCGUAUAUUCCUAUAGCAUUUUGCGUGUUAUUUGCUUGAAUAUUUUUUAAAGUUCAAAUUCCAAGGUUGCAGAAUAUUUUUUUUCUUCUAUUUUUAAAUGAUAAGAAAGAUGAAAAUAUCUUUUUAAUAAUUAUUUCUCAUAUUAGAGAUACAUGCUUCUAUCAAGAUUAUUAGGUUUGUAACGUUCAGUUGGAAAAGGGAAGGAGAAAAUAAAAUUAAACAUAAAAUUAAGGAUAAAGAUAAGAAGAAAAAAAAUUUAUUAAAAAAUUAUAUUUCAUUGUAUAUAUGAUAAAGUAGCCAUGUUUUUACCCCACCGCUUCGUAAGAGUUAAUACGUUUUUCUUAAAGGCUACACCUUGUUGUCAAUUCGGUAGUAACAGUGUCACGUCAUCGCGUCAAUCGAUUGAAAGAUUUCUCAGAGGUAGUUCAAUAACAUACUCAUUGGCAAGAACGUUUUCUAUCUCAUCAGUAAAUAUGGCGAAAAUACAAGCAGGACCUGUCGUAGACAUUCUUGGCGAUGAAAUGACUCGUAUCAUUUGGGAUUCCAUAAAAGAAAAAUUAAUUUUACCUUAUUUGGAUAUCGAAUUACAUACUUAUGAUUUAGGUAUAGAAAAUAGAGAUGCCACCAAUGACCAAGUAACAGUUGAUUGUGCAGAAGCUAUUAAACGUUAUAAUGUUGGUAUAAAGUGUGCUACUAUUACUCCUGAUGAAAAGAGAGUAGAAGAAUUUAAGUUGAAACAAAUGUGGAAAAGUCCAAAUGGUACUAUUAGAAACAUAUUAGGUGGUACGGUAUUCCGUGAAGCUAUCAUUUGUAAAAAUAUUCCUCGAUUAGUAACGGGUUGGAAUAAGCCAAUUAUUAUUGGCAGACAUGCUCAUGCAGAUCAAUAUAAAGCAACAGAUUUUAUAGUACCAGGACCUGGAAAACUUGAAAUUACAUGGACUGGUGAAAAUGGUAAAAAAGAGGUAUAUACUGUCCAUGAUUUUAAAAGUCCUGGAAUAGCACAAGCUCAAUAUAAUACAGAUGAAAGCAUAUGUGCAUUCGCUCAUAGUUCUUUCAAGUUUGCACUUUCCAGAGAAUAUCCUUUGUAUCUUUCAACGAAAAAUACUAUUUUGAAAAAAUAUGAUGGUAGAUUUAAAGAUAUUUUCCAAGAAAUUUAUGAGAAAGAAUAUAAAGAUAAAUUUGAAGCUAAAAAGAUUUGGUAUGAGCAUCGUUUGAUAGAUGAUAUGGUUGCUUAUGCGAUGAAAUCUGAAGGAGGUUUCGUUUGGUCAUGUAAGAAUUAUGAUGGAGAUGUACAAUCAGAUUCUGUAGCUCAAGGAUAUGGAUCAUUAGGGCUUAUGACAUCUGUACUAAUAUGUCCAGAUGGACGUACAGUAGAGUCAGAAGCUGCUCAUGGUACAGUUACUAGACAUUAUCGUCAAUAUCAGCAAGGUAAAGAAACCUCUACCAAUCCUAUUGCAUCUAUUUUUGCUUGGACUCAAGGAUUGCUUCAUCGUGCUAAACUGGAUAAAAAUCAGCAAUUGAAGCAUUUUGCUGAAACUUUAGAAAAAGUAUGUAUUCAAACAAUAGAAUCAGGUUUCAUGACUAAGGAUCUGGCUAUCUGUAUUAAAGGAAUGCAUAAUGUUACUAGAAGUGACUAUUUAGAAACAUUUGCUUUUAUGGAUAAACUUGCUGAAAAUUUAAAAAAAGCAUUGGCUACUAAUUGACUAUUUGAAUCAGA